AUGAUUCCCUCCAUUGCUCUUGUGGCCCUUGCUGCCAGCCCGGCCUUUGCCGGUGUGAUGCAGGCUCGCGGUGAGGAAUUUGUCCGUCCCGUUGAUGGGCACCACUCGGUGUCGACCCCGUGCACCACCACGACCACCUCGACCACCACCACUCACACCCCGACUACCACCACCACCACCCACCACAGCACCACUCCUUGCACCACCAGCACCAAGUCGACCACCACCCCGGUCACCACCCACCACAGCACCACCCCGUGCACCACCAGCACCAAGUCGACCACCACCCCGGUCACCACCCACCACACCACUCCUGUCAAGCCCACCACCAAGACCAUCACUGUUGUGACCACUUCUUGCCCUGUCACCUCCUCGGUUGUCACCUCUGGAUCCACCACCCUUACUGUCCCUGUCACCCAGACUAGCACCAUCACUCAGACCAGCACUGUUGUCUGCACCGAGUGUGAGAGCAUCCCCACCAUCAUCAACAAGGUCAUUCCCAGCUCCCCUGCUCAGUCUAUCCCUGUUAUCCCGGUGGUCCCUGCUCAGAGCACCGCCCCUGCUGUGCCCUCCAAGCCUGCUGCUGUCCCCUCUCAGCCUGCUGCUGCCUCCCCCGCUCAGCCCGAGACUCCUGCUGCUUCUCCUGCUCAGCCCGAGACUCCUGCUGCCUCCCCCGCUCAGCCUGAGACUCCUGCUGCCUCCCCCGCUCAGCCUGAGACUCCUGAGGCCCAGCCCUCUACCCCCGCUGAGCAGACCCCUGCCACCAGCUCCGUUCCCUUCCAGGGUGCUGCUUCCAACACCAAGCCCGUUGCUGGCCUCCUGGCCGGUGUCGUCGGCCUGAUGGCUCUUCUGUAA